CCCUGCGUUGAGGGGAAUCCUACAUCAAAAGAGAGGACCGGGGACGGUUAAUCUAUAGGGAAGCUCCUGGGUGAAUGCUAUAGGUUCCCAUACCUGCCAGCCACCUAUAGAAUUCGAUUCUUGGUUUGGAAUAUCGCUUUAUUACCCUAAAGAUUUCGGGCAACUUUUUCCAGCUCAAGGAAAACCGAGGCAGAGGAAAUUCCUGUUUUCUGCCCCAAAAUCUUCCAUUCCCGUUACUAAUAGCGCCGCGGUGUUUGGUCGCUGGAUCGAGAAGAGAAGAUUGUCCUUGAUAAUCUGUGGAAAGUGACCGCUUCGGAGCAGAGACCCCCCCUUCAUCUUCUGACCCCAGAUCAUCGUCCGCGGCUCGCGGGACGCAACCAUGCCUGAGAAAAUCAGCUUGCCGGCCAAAUUAAUUAAUGGCGGAGUGGCUGGGCUGGUGGGGGUCACCUGUGUCUUCCCUAUCGACCUCGCGAAGACCAGGCUACAGAACCAGCAGGGACGGAGUAUCUACACCGGGAUGUUUGAUUGCUUGAUAAAGACCAUUCGCUCCGAAGGAUUUUUCGGCAUGUACCGAGGGGCAGCUGUCAAUCUUACCCUCGUCACCCCUGAGAAAGCCAUCAAACUGGCAGCAAAUGAUUUCUUCCGGAACAGGCUGACUCAGGACGGGAAGGAGCUCACCUUGGUCAGGGAGAUGCUGGCCGGGUGCGGGGCCGGGACCUGCCAGGUGAUCGUGACGUCCCCCAUGGAGAUGCUGAAGAUCCAGCUGCAGGACGCUGGGCGUUUAGCCACGCAGAAGGCCAUAUCUGUGGAUGGAGCUACAGCAGUCCCCCACCAAACCGCUGCCACCGCCACACAGAAGCCCUCCGCUCUGCUCAUCACCAAGGAGCUCCUACGUACCCAGGGCAUCUCUGGGGUAUACAAGGGCCUCGGGGCCACGCUGCUCAGGGACGUCCCGUUCUCGAUCAUCUAUUUUCCGCUUUUUGCGAACGUCAACAAGCUGGGAGUACGGUCGUCUCAAGAAAAAGCUCCUUUCUACCACUCAUUCCUGGCCGGUUGCUUUGCGGGGUCUGUGGCUGCCGUCGCCGUGACGCCACUUGACGUUCUGAAGACGCGGAUUCAGACCCUGAAGAAGGGCAUCGGAGAGGAGACCUACAAUGGAAUCACGGACUGUGCCAGGAAGAUUUGGGUUAACGAGGGUCCCUCGGCAUUCAUGAAGGGGGCUGUCUGCAGAGCGCUGGUCAUCGCGCCUCUCUUUGGGAUCGCUCAGGUGGUAUAUUUUAUCGGCAUCGGCGAAUAUAUCCUUGGAUAUUUCAACUAAAUUCCAGGCAAAUCCACACAAAAAAAGGAUUUCCACGCGAAAAAUAA